AAGUUCUCUUAUUAUUUUUUAUAGAAUUAGAUCAUUCUAUUUCAAAGGCAAGCCAGCUGGUAUUCACCUAUUGCAAGUAUUAAAAAUUAUAUAAUGCUUGGAGCCCCCAACGAAACGAAUGACGUUGCUUGAACCUGUAAUUCAAUAUAAUUCUAAAAUGGUUUAUUCUAAGUCAAGCUCACCAAAAUUUACCGUAUUUAGUGAUAAUACUAAAAAUAAAGACAAAACGGUUUCUAGAUCAUCGCCUAAUUCACAAAAACAUCAUCAACCAUGUAAAAAUCAUAUAACCAAGACCCCUAAAACGAAAAAAUCGACUAGAAUAAUAAUAGCAUCACCAACUGAUAAAUUAUUCUCUCCGUGUCUGAAAAAAUUGGCUAUUCGUCAUAAAAACGACAAGGUUUUGGAUCUCACCAGAGUUCGUAAAUUAAGAGGCAACCUCUUAAAUGAUUUGACUCAACUCAGUUUCGAACAAGACGUUUAAUGGCCUACAAUAAAGAUGAUAAAAAAAUGGUUUCAUUAGUGAAAUUGGUAAAAAAACCAACUUAUAUAAAGAUGAAAAGUAGGGAGAAGUG